AAAAUGAUAAAUUUUUAUCACAAUUUUCAGUGGGUGUUAUGAUUUGAUUUCAGAUGGAAACUUGAAAUCUGAGUACAGCUGAAAAGAAGUAUAUUGGCAGAGAGCAUUCCAUUUUCCAGAUCAGACGUACGUAGUCAAAUUCAAAUGCCACAAUAAGCCCCUCCAACGAAACCCGAAGAUCCGAAGACUUGCAGUGGAUGUUAUCACACUCCGACUUAUUGUUUGGUAAACGAUAUUAAUUCGUCGUUCUUUAUUACACCUAUUCUACGUUUGGAAGAAGCACUAUACGAUGGCGACGAGCGAAAAUGACUGCCCCGAGCUCGAGGAUACCGAUAGCAUCGAAUGUUUUCAAAAUUACACCGCAUCCGAAGUAUUCAUUCAAGGCUUAGCCGGGCUAAUCGAUCAACAAGACGUAGAAUCGAUGAUUCGAGCUCAAAAGCAAAUUUUACAGCGAUUCGAGAAAACCAACGAAAUGCUAUCGAACUGCAAUACGCUUUCUGUAUCGCGAUUGAAAAUAGCCAAUCAGCAAUUCAAAACUUACAGACAGUUACUGGUCGACAUCAAAAAGGAUUUAGACUACACGUUCAGAAAAAUAAGUCAUAUGAAAACGAAAUUAUGUAAUCAGUAUCCAGAAAGUGUUGCAGCGACUAGUACUAAACCUGACGAAACAAAUCCGGAUGAUUGCGUCGAAGCUGCGGAUAAACCAUCGACAUGUGUUGUCGAAGAUGAAGAAAACAGCACGUGUCCUCCAGCUGCGAACGAUUCUCAUCCAACUGUCGACACUGGCACUGUCGUUGAUACCGCAGCAUGCAGCAACGAACAACAUAUCAGCAAAAAAACAGAAGUAAGCGAUAGCAACUCGAGCGAAAGUGGUGAAGCUGACAGUCACGUCGAGAGUAUCAGUAUUUCUACUUCUGAUACAGCGUAAUGAAUUUCUACGCGAAAUUAAUCGUUCUCAUUAUCGUAAUUAUUGUAUAUACCAAAUACCUAUCGUUUUAUUGUAAUGUAGCUUCGCUUAUACGCGUUCAGUAUUUAGUAAAUAAGUAUUCAAUAUAAAAAAACACAAGUUGAAAAAAUUCAAAUCAAUCUUAUUAAAAAUCAUUCAUGUAAGA